AUGGCUCUGAAUGGAAUCCCUCAAGUGGUCCUAUCCGCUUCACGAUCUUCCAAUGUCAGCUCCUCAUUGCCUUCAGCUCUCGUCCGCCGGCAAGCUUUCUGCGGCGAUAGUGAAGGAUGGGGUCCGAUAAGCGGCACGAGGUUCGACUUCACACCUUGUUUUCUAGAUGUCUGGGUAUCUCUGGUGGCCGUUUGGGGUCUGGUUAUGGGCGCUGGUGCUAUCUGGUUCUUAUUUACGAAGAGGACCGCUCAGCCCGUACAGAAGAAUUGGCAUUUCUACGCAAAGUUGGCUGUCAUAUGGGCUCUCAUCUUGGUGACCAUGCUCCAAGCUUCACUUCAGGUGGAGACUUCCCCCAAGAUAUGGUUUGGAGACUUUAGGUUCUGGACAACUAUCCUCAUUCUCGCAUCGUUGGGCGUUAUAUAUGCUGUGCAAUACUAUGAGCAUUGGAGGAGCCGACAACCGAACGGGGUCGUUUUAUUCUACUGGCUAUUUUUAAUGAUCGUCUACGCCGUUAAACUCCGAUCUCUCGUUUCCCAGCAAUUGUACCGACAUCAAUUGCCCUAUUUUAUCACGUUCGCUGUCGGUCUUGGCCUUGUCAUAACCGAGUUUGUGUUGGAAUAUUUUAUCGAGAAGCAACAAAGCGCAUAUGAUGCGCUGGGAGACGAGGACGAGUGCCCGUACGAAUAUGCUGAUAUCUUUUCCGUUUUGACUUUCUCUUGGAUGACGCCUUUGAUGAAGUUUGGUUACAACAAUUUUCUCACCCAAGAUGAUCUGUGGAAUCUGCGUCGCAGGGAUACCACAUAUGUCACCGGUAGCGAAUUGGAGAAAGCGUGGGCUCAUGAACUGAAAAAGAAAAAACCGUCGCUCUGGUUUGCUUUAUUCAGAGCGUUUAGCGCACCAUAUUUCCGGGGGGCUGUGAUAAAAUGUGGGAGUGACAUUUUGGCUUUUAUCCAACCUCAGCUUCUACGGCUCCUUAUCACAUUCAUUGAUUCAUUUCGGUCUGACACCCCGCAACCAGUUGCUCGGGGUGUUGCAAUUGCUCUCGCCAUGUUCCUUGUUUCAGUAAGCCAGACGGCUUGCCUUCAUCAGUAUUUCCAGAGAGCAUUUGAAACUGGAAUGCGUGUUAAGUCUUCGCUGACCUCCAUGAUCUACACAAAGUCCCUGAAACUUUCGAAUGAGGGCCGCGCUUCAAAAACCACUGGUGAUAUCGUCAACCAUAUGGCCGUUGACCAGCAACGACUUUCUGACCUGGCUCAGUUUGGAAUGCAACUGUGGUCUGCGCCGUUUCAAAUUACACUCUGUAUGAUAUCUCUAUACCAGCUUCUUGGGUUGAGUAUGCUUGCCGGUGUUGGGGUAAUGAUAUUGAUGGUUCCACUUAAUGGGCUUAUUGCAAGGAUAAUGAAAAACCUUCAAAUCAAGCAAAUGAAAAAUAAGGACCAGCGAACCAGGUUAAUGACCGAAAUUCUGAACAACAUGAAAACUAUCAAGCUUUAUGCCUGGAAUACCGCUUUUAUGAACAAGCUAAACCACGUUCGCAAUGACCUGGAGUUAAAUACACUCAGAAAAAUUGGCGCCACACAGUCCGUUGCUAACUUUACUUGGUCAUCGACACCAUUCCUAGUCUCUUGCUCCACUUUCGCCGUGUUUGUUUUGACGAAUGAAAAACCUUUGACGACGGAGAUUGUUUUCCCAGCAUUAACCCUUUUCAAUCUACUAACGUUUCCUCUGUCUAUUCUCCCCAUGGUCAUCACGUCCAUCAUCGAGGCUUCAGUCGCAGUGUCUCGCCUCACGACAUACUUCACGGGGGAAGAAUUGCAGGAAAAUGCGGUUACAUUUGAGGAGGCUGUUUCUCACACUGGAGAUGAGUCCGUACGAAUCCGGGAUGCAUCAUUUACAUGGAACAAACAUGAAGGUCGAAACGCCCUGGAGAAUAUUGAGUUCAGCGCCAGGAAAGGAGAGCUGAGUUGUAUAGUCGGUCGUGUAGGUGCUGGAAAGUCAUCUUUCCUACAAGCAAUGCUAGGAGAUCUCUGGAAGAUCAAUGGAGAAGUGAUUGUCCGAGGUCGCAUUGCGUAUGUCGCACAACAAGCUUGGGUUAUGAACGCUAGUGUCAGGGAAAAUAUUGUCUUUGGUCAUCGCUGGGAUCCCCAUUUCUACGAGGUUACUGUAGAAGCAUGCGCCUUGCUCGACGACUUCAAGACUCUUCCAGAUGGCGACCAGACUGAGGUUGGUGAACGUGGUAUUUCUCUCUCUGGUGGCCAAAAAGCCCGUCUAACGUUGGCAAGGGCUGUGUAUGCCCGUGCCGACAUAUACCUUUUGGAUGAUUGCCUAUCCGCUGUGGAUCAACAUGUAGGGAGGCAUAUUAUUAACCGAGUCCUGGGUCGGAAUGGCGUUCUGGCUGGCAAAACAAAGAUCCUCGCAACUAAUGCUAUAACUGUGCUGAAAGAAGCGAACUUUAUCGCGUUAUUGCGGAAUGGGACUAUCAUUGAGAAGGGAACAUACGAGCAACUCCUAGCCAUGAAAGGGGAGACUGCGAAUAUUAUCCGCACCACUACAACCGAAGAUGAUUCCGGCUCAAACGAUAGCUCUAGGGAAGACGAAAGCGUGAAAAGCCCUGAGACAUUAGCAAUCGCUGACAAUGAGGAUGAAUCUGAUCUCUCAGAAAUAGAAGAAGCCCAGGAACGAUUGGGGCCUCUUGCGCCUGCGCAGAAUGGACGUGCCAUGCGGCGGGAGAGCACUGUAACUCUAGGACGCGCAAGCACGGCGAGCUGGCAAGGCCCACGCAAAGUCGCGGACGAGGAAGGUGCUCUCAAAUCUAAGCAGACGAAGGAAACUUCUGAGCAAGGAAAAGUUAAAUGGAGUGUCUACGGCGAGUAUGCGAAGACGAGCAACCUCUAUGCUGUGGCGAGUUAUUUGACGGCACUUCUAUUGGCACAAACGGCGCAGGUUGCUGGCAGCUUCUGGCUAGAGAGAUGGUCAGAUGUAAACAAAAAAUCGGGAAGGAAUCCGCAGGUUGGGAAAUUUAUCGGCAUUUAUUUUGCGUUUGGAUUUGGGUCUUCUGCUCUUGUUGUCCUACAGACUUUGAUUCUUUGGAUAUUUUGCUCUAUUGAGGCAUCCCGUAAAUUACACGAGAGAAUGGCAUAUGCUAUUUUCAGGUCUCCUAUGAGCUUUUUUGAAACCACACCUUCUGGCAGAAUUCUUAAUCGCUUCUCAAGAUGGAAAAACCAGUUAUUCGUCAAUGCUGCCAGAGCAGGAUUUACAAUGGUCGUCAUUAGCGUGUCUACUCCACUCUUCCUUGUCAUGAUUCUUCCUUUGGGAGCAGUUUAUUUUGGAUUCCAAAAGUAUUAUUUGAGAACUUCACGCGAACUUAAAAGAUUAGAUAGUGUCAGCAAGAGCCCCAUCUACGCUCACUUCCAGGAAACCCUCGGCGGCAUCUCUACGAUUCGCGCAUAUAGGCAGCAGGAAAGAUUCUCAAAGGAGAAUGAGUAUCGGAUGGACGCUAACCUUCGAGCAUACUACCCUUCCAUUAGUGCGAACAGGUGGCUCGCUGUGCGUCUAGAGUUCAUUGGCUCUGUGAUUAUCCUUGCAGCAGCCUCAUUUCCGAUUCUGUCUGUGGCAACUGGAGUCAAAUUGUCUGCUGGAAUGGUCGGCCUUUCGAUGUCGUACGCGCUCCAGAUCACCCAGUCCCUAAAUUGGAUUGUGCGACAAACAGUCGAAGUGGAAACGAACAUCGUAUCGGUCGAGAGAGUGCUCGAGUAUGCAAACCUACCCAGCGAAGCACCUGAUGUCAUUUUUAAGAAGCGGCCGCAGAUUGGGUGGCCGUCCCAGGGUGGUGUACAGUUCAAAGAUUACAGUACCCGAUACCGAGAGGGCCUAGAUCUAGUCUUGAAGAAUAUAAAUCUUCAAAUUCAGCCUCACGAAAAAAUCGGUGUCGUUGGUCGGACAGGUGCAGGUAAAAGCUCAUUGACUUUGGCGUUGUUCCGCAUCAUUGAAGGGACAUCAGGCAGUAUCAGUGUCGACGGAUUGGACAUCAGUUCUAUUGGCCUAUUCGAUUUGCGGGGUCGCUUGGCAAUCAUUCCCCAAGAUGCGGCCAUGUUCGAAGGAACCGUUCGAGACAACCUCGACCCGCGCCACGCCCAUGAUGACACCGAGCUCUGGAGUGUUCUCGGACAUGCACGGUUAAAGGACCACAUUUCCAGUUUACCUGGACAACUUGAUGCACAAAUCUAUGAAGGAGGCUCGAAUCUUAGCCAAGGCCAGCGACAACUUAUUUCGCUAGCCCGGGCCCUCUUAACGCCAAGUAACAUUUUGGUGCUAGACGAAGCCACUGCCGCUGUCGACGUGGAAACAGACGCACUGCUACAGCAGAUGCUGCGAAGCAACAUUUUCCGUGACCGAACCAUCAUCACCAUCGCGCAUCGCAUAAACACUAUCCUGGAUAGUGAUCGGAUCGUCGUUUUGGACCAUGGAUCUGUUGCUGAAUUCGAUACCCCAGCCGCGCUUAUUCAGCGCGGUGGCCAGUUUUACGAGCUUGUGAAAGAGGCUGGGCUCCUGGAAACUAGCGUCAGUGCCGGUAGUGAUACUAACACCAGUACGCCGACACUUCCUUCGUAAACAAGGAACAAAUGGCGUUGCCCAUCCUGUUUCUGGUUUUUGGCUUCUGUUCUCUUCGAGAUUCACUGCUCUGUCGCCGUGCGCGUGGAUGAGGGGUUGUACAGCGAUAGAUAAAGAAGGAAGGGGAAGCGGCGAAGGAAAUCUUGUACUUGCACAUAUUAUCCGCCACAAUGUUCAAUAUUUUGUUUUCUUGUAGCCCUUGACCCUCUUCUCGUAACUUGUUUGGAGAUUUUGCUUGGGUUUUGGAGCGCUGCUUCUUUCUUCAUUUUUCUCCUACUAUCGAUGGCCUCUCUUCCUCCCCCCUUUUUUUGCUGGAAUUUUUCUGAUUCGAUUUUCAUUCUUUAGCGCAUCGGGGAAGCCGGAUUGACCAGCUUGUCGGUAUGCUGAAAGAAACCCAAAAUGCUGGGAAAGGAACAAUAGUAGACAUCUAAAGAGCCGGAUUACUAUAUUGAGGCGAAUUAUUGACUGGGAUGUUUUACGUUCUUUUCUCUUGGUGUGGAAAUAGCCCUGAUGAAAGUGCGAAAAUUAAGGGGCUUGGGGACAAGAUGCGACGGGCCUUCCCUGC